AUGUCAAAAGUUUCACGCGAAGCUCUAAACGAAGCCGUUGCGGACGUUUUGAAAGGCGCGCAGGAGAAGAAGCGAAAGUUCCGUGAGACCGUGGAGCUACAGAUUGGACUCAAGAACUACGAUCCGCAGAAAGAUAAACGUUUUAGCGGCUCCGUAAGACUGAAGAGCAUUCCUCGUCCUGCCAUGAAGGUGUGCGUCUUCGGCGAUCAGCAUCAUCUCGACGAGGCUAACGCGAAUGGGAUUCCUUGCAUGAGUGCUGAUGACUUAAAGAAGCUUAACAAGAACAAGAAACUUAUUAAAAAGCUGGCCAAGAGCUAUGAUGCCUUCCUUGCCUCCGAAUCUCUCAUCAAGCAAAUUCCUCGUAUUAUUGGGCCUGGUCUCAACAAGGCCGGGAAAUUCCCUUCGGUUGUGUCUCAUGGUGAACCACUCACUGCAAAGGUUGAGGAGAUUAAAGCGACCAUCAAAUUCCAAAUGAAAAAGGUACUCUGCCUUUCUGUUGCGGUAGGACAUGUGGAAAUGAGCCAAGAAGAGCUUGUAUCCAAUAUUUCUCUCUCGAUCAAUUUCCUCGUCUCUCUUCUAAAGAAGAAUUGGCAAAAUGUCCGCUCAUUGAAUAUUAAGUCCACCAUGGGCAGAGCUCAGCGCUUAUAUUAA